AUGGCUGGAGAAAUAGUUUACGCUGAUCUCAAGACCCCCUCUGAACCUCAUGCCUCAAGCCCGCUUCAUCCAACUCAGCAGCUCAAUUCACCCCAGAAUCCCCGCUGGCAGCAGAUCAUGGUAUGGGUCACAUGCUUUGGGAUCAUCAUCCUGGUGGCUAUUGUGAUUGCCCUGGUGUUGCUGUUGGAGGCUGAGAAAAGGAAAACUGAGGGUGGCUCUUGCCCAGUGAAAAGGAAUUGCUUGUCUGACAAUUUACAAUCUUUUCUACGAAGCAGAUUCUGUAACCAAAGCCAAGAUAACUCUUUAGUGAAUUCUACUUGCCAGAUCUGCCCUCUAUACUGGCACCACCACCAGGACAAAUGUUACUGGCUCUCAGAGGAUAUGAAAUCCUGGAAUUUGAGCCAAAGUGACUGUUUUGAGAAGAAGGCUCAGCUGGCGGUGUUCCAAGGCAAAGAAGAGAUGGACUUCUUAAAGAAUAUUAAACAGGAGACACGGACAUACUGGAUCGGACUCUACUUUUCUUUAUCAGAGAAUAAAUGGAUGUGGAUUACAGGUCAUCAGUAUGACCAGAAGCU